AUGGAAACUAGGUCCAAUGGCAGCCAUUUCCUGGAAGAACUCUUUUUGUGUGAGCAUUCCACAUGCUCUCUUUUUCCAGUCGCAGUGUUAAUUCCAGUGACAGUUAUCUGUUUCAUCUUGUUUAUAGUCGGUGUCAUUGGGAAUUCCAUUACGCUUCUAAUAGUCAGAAGGUAUAAAGACAUGAACACUACAACUAACCUAUACUUGUCCAGCAUGGCAGUAUCUGAUUUGAUUAUAUUAUUUUGCCUACCAUUUGAUCUGUACCGCCUCUGGAGGUCGAGACCUUGGAUAUUUGGUGUUUUUCUUUGCAAAUGCUUCCACUACCUUAGUGAAGGAUGUACUUAUGCAACCAUCCUGCACAUAACAGCCCUCAGCAUUGAAAGAUACUUGGCUGUCUGCUUUCCACUGAAAGCAAAGGUUUUCAUUACCAAAAGAAGAGUUAAAGGUGUGAUUGUUUUUCUCUGGAUUUUUGCUCUUCUUUCUGCAGCACCAUUUAUUUUCCUUGUUGGAGUAGAAUAUGAAAAUAACACAAAUCAUGAGCUAACAAGAGAAUGCAAACCUACAGAGUAUGCUAUUCACUCUGGCCUUCUGUCCACCAUGUUAUGGGUGGCAACUAUUUAUUUAUUUAUCCCUAUGCUUUGCUUAAAUUUUCUUUAUGGAAUUAUAAUCAUAAAACUAUGGAAAACUAACAGCAAAAUCAGGGGUCUCAAUUCCUUCAACAGAGAGGCAUAUCACAAGCAGACAGUGAAGAUCUUAGUUGUGGUUGUUUUGGCGUUUGCUAUUUGCUGGCUACCAUUCCACAUUGGCAGGAUCAUCUUCUGCACAAUUGACAGUAUCUCAAUGGUUUACUUCAGUCAGUACUUCAAUAUGAUAUCCAUGCAACUUUUCUAUCUGAGUGCCUCCAUCAACCCAAUACUUUACAACCUGCUCUCCAAAAAGUACAGAACUGCAGCCCAUAAACUCAUGCUCUCCAGUCGGUCAAGUUGGAGGCAUUUUCUUAUUUCUAGGGAGGAAACUGCUAUCAGUACUGAAGUGAGCACCACUAUAUAA